AUGGCAACGACGUUCCGACAAUCCCAUUCCUUGGAGGACGAGCUCUUCUGCCCAUUAAUCCAGCAAGCUCGCUUGCAAUUGCUCUGCGGAGGGGUUUACAACAUCGAUCUCUUUCUGAAAUACAGGGACUCUCUGACUUCCAUCAAUGCACCUUACAAGAUCUUCUACCAUAUCCAGACUGGGUUUUAUUUCCUGCUGGUUAGCUUCAACGAGUCUCCAGUACAAAGUUGUAAUAAUUCGAUUCAGCUAAACGAUGCCUUGGACUUCUUUUGUGGAGACGAUGAAUCGCCAUUGAGAUUACCCAACUCGCAGAUAUUUUGUCACAGGAACAUAAUGAGCUAUGUGGACGACUUGAUGUUCGAGUGCACCCAGCCAAGAGUUAGGCACUUUUUGAAUGGCCAGUGGCAGGGCGAGGCUGCGAUCCAUUAUGCUCCCAGGAAGAAAAUAACUCAUAAACUGGCCUCUGCGGCAGGAAGACCGGCUUUUGGUGCUUUGCUGACCUGCCUGGUUUCCAGUCUGGUCAAAAUGCGUUUCUGCUCCAUGUUCGUCCUGCUCUACAUAGUGCGUAAGCUGGAGAAGGCCCAGAGUGGAUGCGACCUUAAAGGAGGGUUGGGAAUGGGAGGAUCCUCAACGCGACUGCCACAGACGACUAUUUCGCAGGGUCGGCAGCAUAAAGAGCUUUUCCGCACCCUGCUCAAAAUUGUUCCCAAGUGA